AUGGUCAAUUUGGAGCAAUCGGUGGAUUCCGCCACCGCAGUAUGGAGUCGGCAAGAGGACAAGAUUCUUGAGCAGGCUCUGGUGGAAUUCCUGGUAGGAAUCGACCACCGGUGGCGGAGAAUAGCUGAAUUUCUUCCGGGUAAAUCGCCAGACGAGGUCAGACUGCAUUACGAGGCUCUCUUGCAUGACAUCGUCGAGAUAGACUCGGGCCGCGUUGAGCUGCCGGGUUAUUCGGAUGAAUCCGCGCCGCUUGGGUGGGACGAGCAUGCCAGGCUGAGGGCGCCGGGUCAAAUCUCGUUCGGCGGUGGGAACCGCAGUCGGCACUCCGAAGUUGAACGGAAAAAGGGCACGCCAUGGACAGAAGAUGAACACAGGUUAAUCCGAUUGGUUUCAAUUAUUAUUGAGUUUAAUUUGCUGCUUUUUGGAAUCCUUUCAUAUUUAUUGAUUUUGAAAGUUCAAUUUUGGUCGAAAGCAGAAGGUUCUUGUUCUUGGGAUGUAGGAUAUUGCUGAAAUUUUGUAUUAGGGUUUUGGUUGUUUUAUUUUUCUUUUAUGAUUUUAAUGUUUUUGAUCAUUUUAUUUUUGAAUUUAGAGGGUGAGUUGAUUGAUAUUACGCUGCUUUGUUUGCGAGUCUGUUGAUUGGUUGAAGGAACAGGAAAUGGGUAAUGAAAUGGGAACUCCAAGAAACAGGGGACGUUGUUUGCUUAUUCACAUAAGGAUAAGUUUGGAAUGAUGGAUAUAUAGGUAGAGAUUUUAGAUUCACGAUAAAAAUAGAAUGAAUUAUAUUGACGUUUUUUUAGAUUAUGUCAAAUUACACAAAUAAAUCUUAUAUUUUAUAAAAAUUUCAGCUAGUGCCUAAGGGGUGUUAGUGUAAUAUUUUUUCAAAUGGUGUUUGUAUAAGUUUUGCAUUUCAAGAUGGUGUAUUACCUCAGUUUUGGUUGCCCUAUUUGAGCAAGUUUUGCUGAUUUGAUUGAUUAAAUUCAAUAUAUCUUCUUCCAAGAAUGUUCCUUUGUUAUCAGAAGUUGGAACAUUUUCAAGAUUUCAAAUCUUGAUAUCAGUAUAUUCUGUUAAAGACGAAUAUAUAGUAGUUGUAGUUUAU